CUGACAUACAGUCAUUACGUCGAGGGGUGAUGAGGCCAUCAUACAAAAAAUUCAUAUUUCGGAGCGUUGUAAUACACCCUAUACACGCUGAUCAUCGAACAUAGUAUUGAGUAUGGCUCGGGCGAGUUCUGCAUGAUUUUAUUUCACACCAAUCUGUCUUCGAUCUACCUGUGAGUUGCCAUCUAAGCAGCGCUUCGAUUCGUUUUUAGAAAAGGAGAUUAUUCAGUCCGUAAUACACGAUGGCAAGCCUCUUCGACGCACUGGGAUUCAAGUGCGAGGAAUGCGGCAAUGAUGGUGAUGACGAAACACAAGGGUACAAAGUUGUUGAACAACGCCAUUUAUGUCCAACAUGUGCCCGCAAUCUGGCCAGCGCCAUUCUGGCUGAUAUGUCUCAUGGAGCUAUAAAAUGGCCGUGUCCACAACACGAGAGCAAAGAAGUAGAACUGCUCUGCUGCAAAUGCAAAGUAGCAGUGUGCCACACAUGUGCCUUGACGACUCACCAUGGGCAUCAGAUGCAAGACAUUGAGAAGUUCUUCGCUGAGAAGAGAGAAAUCGUGAAAAAAGAUGUCGAAGAGAUUUCAGCGAAGCAGAAUGAGACGCAGAGCUUUCUGGACAAGAUAGAGAGUUGUUCGCGGGAGAUGGAUGGUCAUUUCAUAGACAUCAAGGAAAAGGUAUCCGUCACAUUCCAGACAAAGUCACAAGACCAAAAGGAGCGAAACACUGUACAAGUAGCCAAAGUAAACGCAGAGGCAGAAGAGCUCAUAAGACAGAUCAAUGAAAAGCGUCGAAUGGAGCUUGCAGAAAUUAAUGAACAAUACGAUAACGAGCAUGAAACACUAGUGAAAGACCGAUACAGAGUUCUUGCAGAGUUGAAGGUUAUCGUAGACAUUGUUUGUCGAAUGACUGCAGAAGCUAAAGCAUCGGCAGAGACCACCGGUGAGGAGUUAGAGAGCACAGCUGCAGUCGCAAAAUCCAUCAUGGUCGAUUGCGACGGGAAAACCUUCCACAAGAAGGUCGCCAAGUAUCACGAGAUGGGUAUGGACAAGUUACCAUGUUUAGAUCAUGAUCAUCUGGAUAAGCUAUCAACGGUGGCAAAGAAGAUACGUUUCAAGAGGGUGGAUGAUGAACAAAAGAUUGGAAUCUUGACCGGAAAGAACGCUUCCUUUGAGAUGGUCAAGACGGUGAAUAUUUCUUCAGAUAUCCAGGAGCCAUUUCUUCUAGGGGCGAUAGAUGAGCAGACAGUAGUCUUUCGGAACGGCAAUGGAUCGGCACUGUACUCAGUAAACGUAAAGUCCGGGUCCAUGGAAACAUUGUUGACCGACAAGAAGACUAGAGGCAUUUGGGAUUUAGCAGUCCUCCCUGACAAGGGUUUUGUUUACAGUGAUUACAACGCCGGUUUGCUGCAAUUCUGUGACAGAGACGGAAACGAUGAAAGGUCUUUAGCUUUACCUAACGAUGAAUCGCGGUUUGCCUAUCUAACUGUAGACAGGAAGGGGAAACUUCUCGCUGCUAGCCACAACAGUGGCGAGAUACAUGUGAGCGACCCUGAGACAGGGUCACAUCUUCGCACGAUCAAUGAUAUAGAAUGCAAACCAAUGAUGGGUAUCGGGACACUUGCAAAUGGGGAUAUCAUCAUUCGCUCUGGAAACUCGGAUAUUUGCAGAAUCUUUCGAGCGACUGGAGAAGUCAAGAUGAAGUUUCCACUCGCGGACUGGAGCAGACGACUUAAUUUUCAUGUCGGUGCAGAUGACAUGAUCUACGUUACAUAUCGUACGGGAUUGAACCAAGAUUACAUUGGCUUUGUAAGUCUCCUCUCCCCUAACGGUGAUAUGCGGAGAGAAAAGGUCAUCGAGUUUCCAACGUCGUAUCUCUAUCGCUAUCAUCCAAGAUGCGUCGUUCCUGUUCCCGGUACUGUCAUCAUCCUAAAUGGAAAUGCCCUUCUUGUUUAUAAGGAAAUACCUGGAGUCUAUGAUCUUCUUAAUUGA